AUGGAGUCUGUGGGAUCUGACCAGGGACAGUACGAUCCGGACGAGCUGGACCUCCCUGCAUCCCGACAAGCGACUGUAGGCACCGCCACUACAUCGACGGGGCUGCCAGCAAUUACCCCUCGCAUUCGCGUGUCUGCCAUGUCAGAACUCAAUGCGUUCUCGGGGAAGGAUGAAUGA